UGGUGGUCGUUUUAUUGCUCGUAGUUGCACUCUUUCUGAUUGCUUGGGUUCUGGUGAGGCAGCAGCUUUACUGGAGAUACCAAAAUGUUGUUCAAGGAUUCCCUAAACCGAUUUUGGGUGAUAACAUUGGUACAUUCUUCCAGCUUCAAUCCUUAACAGAUAUGAUCAAGAAUCUAUACUCUGCUUUUCCAAAUCAUAGGUACGCUGGAAUUUACCAGAUGACUCAACCGAUGCUUAUGAUUCGAGAUCCCGAACUCAUCAAGCAAUUAGCAGUAAAAGACUUCGAACAUUUCACGGAUCACAUCAGCUACGUUCCGAGCGAUAAUGACGUUCUUUGGAGCAAUAAUCUCUUCGCAUUGAAAGGAACAAAAUGGUCCCAGAUGAGAAACAUUCUAACUCCGGCAUUCACCAGCAUGAAGAUGCGAUACAUGUUUGAACUGAUGGACGAAGUCUCCACUCAGUUUGUCACCUUUUAUGAAAAGAAGAUUUCAAAUCAGCAAACUAUCGAAUUGAAAGACGCGUAUACUAGGUACACCAAUGAUGUAAUUGCGACGUGCGCUUUUGGAGUGAAGUGCGACUCGUUGGAACACCCGAAAAACGAAUUUUAUACGAUGGGCAAGGUUGUAACAGAGAUGAAAAGCUUUAGGAGAAUAUCCAAGUUAUUCCUUCAUUUUCUUCUGCCAACGUUAGCUAAGGCGCUGAAAUUCAUUAUAAUCCCAGGCAAGGUCAGCGCUUUCUUCCUGCAGUUAGUUGGAGAUACUUUAAGGGUACGCAAAGAGGAAGGUAUCCUUCGCCAGGAUAUGCUUAACCUGCUAAUGGAGGCGCGAGAAAAAGAUGGUAUAUCAAUCUCCGAUUUGGAGAUUACCUCGCAAUGCUUAGUAUUCUUUUUGGCCGGCUUUGAGAGCACCUCUUCGAUGAUGUGCUUCACGUCUUACGAGUUAGCUGUAAACCCGGACAUCCAAGAACGAAUCAGAAAAGAGAUCGAAACAGUUCAUCGAAAAUUUGGUAAAUUAACGUACGAAGCGAUUAAGGAACUCAAAUAUUUGGAUACGGUUUUAAAUGAAACCAUACGCAAGUGGCCAGCCGCUUUUCUUUUGGACAGGCUUUGUGUUAAGGAGUACACAAUUGAGCCUGAAUAUCCAGACGAAGUACCCGUACAUUUGAAGCCAGGCGAUGUGAUAUGUUUUCCCGUAGCUGGACUCCAUCACGAUCCCAAAUAUUUUCCCAAUCCAAGCAAAUUCGAUCCGGAAAGGUUUUCGGAUUCUAACAAGGACAGUAUUCAUCCAUACACAUUUUUGCCCUUCGGAGUUGGACCUCGCUCUUGCAUAGGUUAUCGUUUUGCAAUGAUUAAGGCCAAAAUUAUGUUCUUCAAACUGCUCAGUACGUUUGAGAUCGUGGUCUGUGAUAAAACUUCUGUCCCGUUAAAAAUCAGCAAAAUCGAUUUAAUGUUGACAUCAGCUGAUGGCUUUUGGCUAGGCCUUAAACGAAGAAUAUAAGCAAAAUAAUAUCGUCUUUGAUUUAUAUGAUAUUUUAGAACUUCAAUUUCUUUCAGAAAUGUUAAAUUAGCCUCAGGCUCGUGUGCUUUUUUUACGUCUAAAUCCCAACCAUAAUCCAUUCCGAUAUUAUUUCGAUUUAUUUUAAAAGAAUAACAAUGACAACAGAUUUUUCUAGUAUGGCAUCUGACUUAAAAUUGAUAAGAAUCUGAACAAAAAGCAAUUGGAUUUAUAAAAUAGCAAACCAAUGCAAUAUUGUAAACUAUUUUCCGACGUUCUGUUUUGUCACUGUUGUAGUUUGUCGUGGAACCGAAUGAAAUCUAUUUGGGAUCAAAUACGUUCGGGUUCGUGUAUUAAAUUAUAUUUCGUUGGAUGCCGUAUAUAGACAACCAAACUAACCAUAUCACAUGUUUUAAGUGUAAAUCUACACUCAUACAGUUACACCAAAGCGUAAAUGAAAAAGCGAGGUGUAAACAAAUCUUUAGAAUAGAUGAUUAUCUUUGGUAAUAAUUAUAAUAAGUCAUGAAAUGAUGUAAUUCAUAAUAUUAGUCGUUUUGUCAUGAUACAUUGUUACUUAAUGUUUGUCAAUCUGAUAGUAUGGUCACUAAAAACCUCAUGCACGAUAUAUUUAUAUUUGCAUUAUGCUAGAAUAUAAUAUAAUUAUUUUCAAACUGAAAUCAUGAUUUAAAAUAAAUAUUUACGUAGCUCAGUUAUAAAAAUUGAAUAAAACUUUUUUUCACGUAUCAAAACGUUUGGAAAUCAUUAUUCUAAUGCAUGUGUCGGCAACUGAGCCCAACUUAGUCCCACGAUAGUAAUUUUUACUAGUGAAAUUUUCAGCAAGCUUUCGUGAAGCGGGAGCCGAAAUUUCUCAUGGAAAGAUCCGCGUACGGCUCCGGCGCCGACCACUAUUCUAAUGUGUACAAAGACUUAAUGUCACUUAAUUCUUUGUAGUUUUUUUCUUUACCAUUAA